CCCACAGCCAGGCGAGAGGAGCAGGAUUGAUGCGUUGCUAGCGUUGAACCAGCAGCAGCUCAGACCAGGGUUCUGUUGGUUGGGUCAGAAAAUGGCCCUCACAGCCACCGUAGAGGCUUGGUGGGCCUCUACUGAUAUAUUAAGGAGAAGAAGAAGAAAGGAAAGAAUCUCCUCAGGCUGAAUGUCGUCCUGAUGAUUUUCUUGCCAAAUGAUGAAGCUGCUGGACUUUCUCCGCUAUAACUGCUCAUCUAACUGGAAUAAUGAUGUGGCAUCAAAGCAGCUGCUGCAGUGAAAACCUUCAGAAUAAUGAUGUGGCAUCAAAGCAGGAGCUAACUCUAGCAAAAAUUAGCUCAACUGCAAUGGCGCGGAGGAAGAUGUCAGAUGUGGAGACGCUGGAAGAAAUAUUUCGGAGCGAUGUUGAGCUGGAAGACUCUUCUGAUAGCUGGUGGGAUUCGGACGAGGAGGAAGAGGAAGAGCCGGACACAGCUGACAGACUUGAUCUCGGUGAUGUUCAAGUGGAAGCCGAACCAUCAAGCUCAGAUGGAGCUGAACCUCCCCCCACCUCUCGUGAUUCUUCAUCUUCUUUGAGUGGAGAUCGUGCAGGAGAGGCUGAUGAAGACUAUGUUCCACCAGUUCCUUUGAGGUCUUCAGGGCGUAGAAGAGCUCCAGCCCCAAAAAGAACAACAACCACACACAAAAAGGCAAGGAAACGACAGAAAGUCAGCUCCUCAGCGCACCAACAACAAGGCGAGGAUUGUUGGCACACUAAAGAGGAACUUGAUACGGAGCCCGGAUGUCCAUUAUUUACUCCAAAGAAAGACCCAGGACCUCAGAUUGACUCUACAAAAAGUUGGUCACCCCUGAGCUUGUUCAAGCUUUUCUUUAGUGUCUACACCAUUCGGGAAAUAAUCAAAAACACAAAUGAAAAUGCACAGCGUUUACUUGCAGCUGGAAAAAAAUUCAAAUGGUCACCUUUGACAGUGGGCGAUUUUUACAAAUUUUUAGCCAUAAUUAUAUUCAGCGGACUGGUACAAGUACCUUCAAAGCCAGAUUUCUGGCGAACAAAAUGGCCAUAUAAUUUUCCAUUUCCACGUAGCUGCAUGACCCGUGACAGAUUUGAGUCCAUCCUUUGGUCCCUUCACCUGUCCAACAUCAAAAAAGAUGAAGAAAAUGAGCAAAAAAAGGGAACUCCUCAUUAUGAUCGGCUAUUUAAACUGAAACCACUUUAUGACGACAUCAGAGUUGCCUGCAAGGCUCAUUUUCAACCAAUGCGAGAAAUAUGCAUUGAUGAACGGAUGGUGGCCAGUAAAGCACGAAUUGACUUCAAGCAAUUUAUGAGGGACAAGCCUACCAGGUUUGGGUAUAAACUGUUUGUUUUGGCUGAUUCCAGGACUGGUUAUACUUGGAAUUUUUUCAUUUACCAGGGGAAGUCUGCCGUUGUUCGGGAAGAAGGUCUCGGCACCACAUCAGUAAUGGACCUCAUGGAUUUUGGACUUUUAGGAAAGGGCUACCAUUUAUAUGUGGACAAUUUCUACAGUAGUCCUUACCUAUUUCAAAAACUGGCUUCAAACAGCACUGCUGCAUGUGGCACCAUCCGGCAAAAUCUUGUGGGAUUCCCCAAAACAACACAGAACAGCCUUCCAAGAUCUGCACAGAGGGGAGAGAUGCGGUGGAUCAGAAAAGACGGACUCCUAUUUAACAAGUGGAAGGACACCAAGGAGGUGGCGGUCUGCAGCACCUUCCACAAAUCUUUCAGUGGAGCAACUGUAAAGAGGAGAGUCAAAGAGGCAGGGCACUGGGUAGUGAAAGAUAUUCCCGUUCCUGACUCUGUGAAAGACUACAAUAAAUUUAUGGGAGGAGUUGAUCUGUCUGAUGCCCUGAUCCAAUACUACUCAGUCAGAAACAAGACAAUGAAGUGAAAAAAGAGAGGAAAAGGCCAUUUCCCAACGGCAAUUCAGAGAGAAACUCAUGGAGGAGCUCAUACUGGAGUCCAAAGGAGAAACAGCUUGUCCUCAACCAAGCACAUCAUUUUCGGCUCAACCCGGUGCAUUCAAAUGCCCUGGGUCAGUUCCCAGAUACUUUGGGGGAACAGCAGAGGAAAAGCGAAGGAUUUGUGUGUGGUGCAAGCAGAAUGGCAG